UUUGAGAGAGAAGACAAAACAUAUGAUUACAAAUGCGGAGGCAGUUUGAUAAGCGAAAAUUUCGUUAUUACAGCGGCACACUGUACCAAUAUAACGGGGGAAGUACCUACAAUAGCACGAAUUGGUGAUAUAAAUCUUAUGGUAGAUGAAAAACAUUUGGCGCCGCAAAUAUUUCCCAUACGAAGAAUAUACACACAUCCACAAUAUGACGGUGUUACUAAUUACAAUGACAUAGCGUUGUUGCAGCUGAAUACGAGCGUUGAAUUUACUGAGUUUGUUCGCCCAAUAAAACUUUGGACACAACCUAAAUUACCCCUCAUUACCGCCUUUGCCAUGGGCUAUGGCGCCACCUCAUUUGCGCGUGCGCCAACUCAACAACUCACCGACUUCAAUAUGACUCUUAUAGCGAAUGAUGAAUGCAAUCAGCUUUUGCCACAAUUGGAUGAGGUGCCGCGUGGCAUAAUUUCAAGUCAAAUUUGUGCUGAAGAUUUUGUAAUGCAUCGCGAUACUUGUCAGGGUGAUUCCGGCGGCCCGUUGCAGUACAACAUUAGAGGUAAACGACGCAGAAAUCGAGUGCAUUAUCACUUAAUUGGCAUCACCUCGUUUGGGCUACUAUGCCGCAGUCCAAAUCCGGGUGUUUAUACGCGCAUAUUUUCCUACCUUGAUUGGAUUGAGCGCACGGUCUGGAAUUCGUCUUAAAGCUCAAUGGGUUUAGACAUAGUUUACGUAACUUAACUUAAUUUAAUAUUUUGGCCAACCUGUUAUAUGUGAAAAUGU